CAUCAACCACGAUGGCGGACGCGUCCCGUGAACAACUGCUAGCUACCGUGAAGGGGUUCCUCACCUCCGGAUCAUUUUCCGACCUCAUCAUUACAUGCGGACCAGAUUCAUACAAGGUCCACAAGAACAUCGUGUGCUCGCGCGCAGAGUUCUUUGCUUCCGCUAUCAAAUUCCCUGGGAAGGAGCACGAAGAAGGGAAGAUCGAACUGCCUGACGACGACCCGGCGACUAUCAAAUUACUAGUGCAGUACCUGUACGAGGCUGAGUACGAACCACUUCUUCUAGAGAUCGACGCCCAGCCGCCUAGGAAAACUCUGAAAUCAAGCAAGAAGGGCAAGCGGAGCAAUCAGUCUCACACCUGCUACAGGGAAGAAGACGUGUUUUUAGGUCAAUGGUUGUAUUCAUGUGGUACUAACGACAAGCUCUGCGCUCAUCAUACCUGUGGUCGAGAUUGUAACCGAAACUGCGUGGACUUCAUCUGCGAGCUUUGCACACCUCCUCUCCCUGCGCCUGACGGGUUGGCUGAUCAGCUUGUUAUACAUGCCAAGAUGUAUGAGAUUGCUGACAAGUACAACAUUAUGGGUCUUAAAGAUUUAGUCAUUGAGAAGUUUAGCAAAGCUUGUCAACGCUUCUGGAACGACUGCGCGUUUCCUAUAGCUGCUCAUCACGCGUUUUCCACCACGCCUGAACACGACAAGGGGCUUCGCGAUAUCGUUUCCAAGACCAUUGCCGACCAUAUGUCUGAUCUAGUCAAGAAGCCGGAGAUCGAGACUUUGCUUACAGAGUUCAAUGGUUUGGCUUUCGGAGUACUCAAGAUGAAGACCGAAGCCGGAUGGAAGUAGGAACGCAGUUCAUUUUGAACAUUCAGAUAGUGUCAAGGUUUCAAAAGGCGAUGAACAUACGCAGCUUGAACAUUACGUUGACUUUGGUUAAGGAGAGGGUGAUUUCAGGCACUACAUUAUAACGCACGCUCAUGUGGAGGACAUCCUCUAAACAUCUUGCCUUGUCCAAGACACAAACUGUCUAGUUUCAGGACUCUUUCCUCUUCUCAGUUGGCUGUUUGAAUUCUUGCCAGAACAACCAACGAUUUAGCUUCGAUAUCUGCCAACAUCUGUAUUUACUGCAAUGUUAUAGUGAGAGGUAUAUAGUGUGACCUGGUCUGAGAUUUACACUGAAGAUGGGCAAUUUCACGCCA